AUGUCCAUGGGUUCCAUCUCUGUACCUUUACCUGUCUUUAAACCACGAAAGUCCGAACUCUGGUUUGCACGUUUAGAAAGCUUUUUUGUUGCAAACAGAAUCACAAAUCAGAGCACGAAAUUUAGUUACGCAAACUCAUUGCUACCGGACGACGUUAUUGAACAAGUGCCUGACAUCGUUUUUAAGCCGGAUCCCGACUCAUCAUACGAUUGUCUAAAAAGGGAGGUCAUUCGUGUUACAUCUCUCACCGACCAGCAGACAAUCGAUCAACUUUCAGUUAAUGUGGAGCUAGGUGGCAGUACACCAUCUCAAUUAAAACGCCAUAUGACAAAUUUAUUAGCAAAUCGUACAGUAGACAAACGUCUAUUAUAUCAAUUGUGGCUCAGACGUCUCCCACAAAACAUCCAACAGAUACUUGCAAUUGGAGACGAAGAUGUCGAUUUUGGUAGUCUAACAGACAUAGCCGACAGAAUUUACGAGCGGUCUAAGACUCACUCUGUAUCUCACAUACAACCAAGCUCAACUUACGAGAUCGCCGAGUUACGACGAACAGUUGAUGCCUUCACUAAACAGAUAGCCCACCUCCAAUUAUUGAAUAUUCCCCACAGUAAGUGUAGAGGAACAUCCAGAAGCCGUAGACGUCGUAGUCCAAGCACUACCAGGCGGUCAAGACGCCGUACGUCUUGA